GGGAGGGCGGGGUGUAGAGGCAGCUCCUGCUGGGCGUGUGCCCGGCCCCCGGUGCUGCGUGACCGCGCGGGAGGAGCAGGAGGAGGAGUGUGGGUGCGGGGAAUUUCCUUGUGUGGCGGCGGAGGAACAACACCGCUCCAGACGGUGGGGCUGCGAGGAGGGCGCUGCCGCCGCCGCCGCCGGUUGCCGAGCGAUGUGAGGGGGAGCCCCCCCUGCGCCCUCCCCUCCCUGCCCCCGGAGCCGCCUGCUUUCCCCCUCCCUCCCCUCGCUCAUCCCCGCCCCGCCAUGCCGGACCAGAUCUCCGUGUCGGAAUUCGUGUCCGAGACCAAUGAGGAUUACAAGUCGCCCACCGCCUCCAACUUCACCACCCGGAUGGCCCAGUGCAGGAACACGGUGGCGGCCAUCGAGGAGGCUCUGGAUGUUGACCGAACUGUUCUCUAUAAAAUGAAGAAAUCUGUCAAAGCCAUAAACUUAUCUGGUCUGGCUCACGUGGAAAAUGAAGAACAGUAUACACAAGCACUGGAGAAGUUCGGAGGCAACUGUGUUUGCAGGGAUGACCCAGAUUUGGGAACAGCAUUUUUAAAAUUUUCUGUGUUUACAAAGGAAUUAACUGCACUCUUCAAAAAUUUGAUUCAGAAUAUGAACAACAUAAUCACUUUUCCAUUGGACAGUUUGCUGAAGGGAGAUCUGAAAGGAGUAAAAGGGGACCUGAAAAAACCCUUUGAUAAAGCUUGGAAGGACUAUGAAACAAAAGUUACAAAAAUAGAGAAGGAGAAAAAAGAACAUGCUAAGCUACAUGGGAUGAUCCGUACAGAAAUAAGUGGAGCUGAAAUUGCAGAAGAGAUGGAGAAAGAAAGAAGGUUCUUCCAGUUACAGAUGUGUGAGUACCUGCUGAAAGUCAAUGAAAUCAAGAUUAAAAAGGGAGUGGACUUGCUUCAGAACUUGAUCAAGUACUUUCAUGCUCAGUGCAAUUUCUUUCAGGAUGGGUUAAAAGCAGUUGAAAGUCUCAAGCCUUCAAUUGAGACGCUCUCAACAGAUCUUUAUACAAUUAAACAAGCACAAGAUGAAGAAAGAAGACAAUUAACACAGCUUAGGGAUAUUUUAAAAUCAGCACUCCAAGUUGAUCAGAAAGAGUCUAGGAGAGAUUCUCAGAUUCGCCAGAGUACAGCUUACAGUUUACACCAGCCUCAGGGAAACAAGGAACAUGGCACUGAACGGAAUGGCAGUCUGUAUAAGAAAAGUGAUGGAAUCAGAAAAGUAUGGCAGAAAAGGAAGUGCUCAGUUAAAAAUGGUUUUCUUACAAUUUCCCAUGGUACAGCUAACCGACCUCCAGCAAAGCUCAAUCUGUUAACCUGCCAAGUGAAAACAAACCCAGAGGAGAAAAAAUGUUUUGACCUCAUAUCACAUGACAGAACAUACCAUUUUCAAGCAGAGGAUGAACAGGAAUGUCAAAUAUGGACAUCUGUGCUACAAAACAGCAAAGAGGAAGCUUUAAAUAAUGCAUUCAAAGGAGAUGAUAACACAGGAGAAAAUAAUAUUGUCCAGGAACUGACAAAAGAAAUUAUAUCUGAAGUCCAGAGGAUGACUGGAAAUGAUGUUUGUUGUGACUGUGGAGCACAAGAUCCUACCUGGCUUUCAACAAAUUUAGGAAUUCUAACUUGCAUUGAAUGCUCAGGAAUCCAUAGAGAACUCGGUGUUCACUAUUCCAGGAUGCAAUCACUUACAUUAGAUGUGCUGGGAACAUCUGAACUUUUGCUUGCAAAGAAUAUUGGUAAUGCUGGGUUUAAUGAAAUUAUGGAGUUCUGUCUGCCAGUCGAUGAGACGGUCAAACCUAACCCAAGCAGUGAUAUGAAUGCAAGAAAAGAUUAUAUUACUGCCAAGUAUAUUGAGAGAAAAUAUGCAAGGAAGAAGCACGCUGACAAUGCAGCUAAAUUGCAUGCUCUUUGUGAAGCAGUCAAAUCAAGAGACAUUUUUGGUUUAGUUCAAGUAUAUGCUGACGGCGUGGAUCUCACAGAAAAAAUCCCACUGGCCAAUGGCCAUGAGCAAGAUGAAACAGCACUGCACCUUGCUGUUCGUUCAGUUGAUCGAACAUCACUUCAUAUAGUUGACUUUUUAGUGCAGAACAGUGGCAAUCUAGAUAAGCAAACCUGUAAAGGUAGCACAGCCCUGCAUUACUGCUGUCUAACAGACAAUGUUGAGUGCCUCAAACUGCUGCUGAGAGGGAAGGCUUCUAUUGAAAUAGCAAAUGAAGCAGGAGAGACGCCACUAGAUAUAGCUAAACGUUUAAAACAUACUCACUGUGAAGAGUUGCUUACUCAAGCACUGUCUGGAAGAUUUAAUUCUCAUGUUCAUGUAGAAUAUGAGUGGCGGUUACUCCACGAAGAUCUGGAUGAAAGUGAUGACGAUGUGGAUGAAAAGCUGCAGCAACCCAGUCCCAAUCGGAGAGAGGACAGGCCUGUCAGCUUCUACCAACUUGGGUCAAACCAACUUCAGCCUAAUGUAGCAUCCUUGGCAAGAGAUGCAGCCAACAUUGCUAAGGAUAAGCAAAGAGGGUUCAUGCCAAGUAUAUUACAGAAUGAAACAUAUGGAGCAAUACUUAGUGGCAGUCCACCUCCCGGUCAGCCUGCAGUACCUGUUACAAGUAGUGCACCUCCUCUACCUCCAAGGAAUAUUGGCAAAGUUCAGCCUUCAGUACUUGGCAGUGGUAUUCAGACAAUUUCUUCAUCUAAUGCAAUGUGGAAGACAAAUUCUUUAGGAGUGGAAAGUAUAAGCAGGCAGAGGUCUUCAUCUGAUCCACCAGCUAUUCAUCCCCCUGUGCCGCCAUUGCGUGUAACAUCUACAAAUGUACUUUCUCCAGCACCACCACCUCCAGUGGCAAAGACAGCCAGCAUUAUAGAAGCUCUGAACCAGCAAUCAAAACAGCAACCAGCUCCUCCACAAAAUAAGCCAACCCCACCACCACUGCCCCCACAACCUCCGAGUAGAAUCUCUCAAAAAAAGCCUAUUCCUGGGACUGAGAAGUCAUCUGGCUUAACUAACAAAGGGCAGACCAGAGGACCUGGGUCUCUACAACAAUCUGCAGGAGAGUCUUCUUCUGUAUGCGACAUUCCAGGAACACAGGCUGGUUCUACAACAAAUACUUUGGCACAAAUCCAGCCACCGGCACCAAUGCCAAGGAAAUCACAAAUAUCAAAAACUAAACCCAAGAGAGUAAAAGCAAUUUACAACUGUGUAGCAGAUAACCCAGAUGAGCUAACUUUUUCAGAGGGAGACAUUAUUGUAGUUGAUGGUGAAGAAGAUCAGGAGUGGUGGAUUGGUCAUAUUGAUGGAGAUCCCAGUCGGAAAGGAGCUUUCCCUGUAUCAUUUGUGCACUUUAUUGUUGACUAAAUUGCUACUGAUAAAUGGAGACAUUUCUCAUUUCCAGCGGUCACAGAAAUAAGUUUUGUUCUAUUUCAUUUCACCUACCUAUCUGCAGACACCUUGCCAGAGCACUGCCCAAAUUCUAGGUACUGUAGUUUACUUUUUUAUUGCCAUCGUUCUGAUUUUGGGACUUUUAAAACUUUUUUCUAUGUGAAAACUUCUCAUAAGCAGUUUACACUU